UAUAAUCUGACAGGAUGCCGUAAAGGGUUUUCCAUCCUCAACAACAUCCUGGAAUUAAUCAUCGCUCAAGCCGAGAGAUCCACUCGUCAUGGCCUUCACGCUCUCAUCCAUCGGCACCAACCUCUACACGGCAUUCGCCGUCUUCCUGCUCACCUCUUGGAUCCUGACGGCGCUCGGGUUCACUGCCCUCAAUGUCCUGAACACGAGUAGCAGCUUCAUCGAGUCCUUCGCCUCGAUCAGUCUUCUCACCUUUCUUCUCGCUCGACUCAUCGUACUCACAACCACUCAAAAAGAUGACGCUCCCAACACUAUCGCCCACACCAUCACCACAGCGCACCGUCGUUCCCAGAAGGCCGCCCUCCUUCUCUUCACCUUCACCUGUACCUGGCUUUACGAACUCCUCAUGAAAGCCGUUAUGUCGUUCUUCAUGGUGGUGCUCGGGUUCGCCGUAACAGCUAUCAUCUACAACGACCCGGAAGGCAAGGACUGGACUGUGACGGAUAAUGGCAGGACCACCCAGAGUCAACAGGAAGAUAGCCCAACGACGGCGUUGGCUGAAAUCGACGAGUUCAAGACCCGCGCGGGAGUGGAUUUUGACCCCACGGCCAUCUUCAAGUGGAUUCCGCCCCAGACGCUGGUUUAUUUGGUUGUCUUGGUGUGGCUUAAUUUUGCUACGUUGGGUGUCUAUUUGAUGAGGUAUGCUUGGAGGGCAUUGAAGAGUGCGCUGGGUUCGUCGACAGCGAGUACUUUCCCUGUGGCUGCUGUUCAAGGGAACGAGAAAUGAAGUACUAAGCUAUCAGGGUUGGUGAGGUUGUUCGAGAUGGGAUAGUCAAUAAUCUGGAUAAGAAACGAGAGGGGUGCCUGACAUGCAAGGCACCAGGAUCAGGCAGGCAGGCAGCAUGUUUGCAUCACCGGCAAACCACAUCGCCACCCUUCCAUUUCCACGGCUGCUUCAUCUCCUGUAGAUAAUUCUCUUCCAUCGAUUGAUGGCCAUGAUGAGCGCUUCGAUCGUCAAUUUCAUCAUUAUUUCAAUCAUAGAUCAUCAAUCAAGCUCAAACUCAAAAC